AUGCCGCUGACAGUCCACCACCUCCGCGUCUCCCAGUCCGAACGCAUAGUCUGGCUCUGCGAAGAGCUCGGCCUCACCUACACCCUCAAAUGCUACGACCGCUCGCCCCUCCUCGCCCCGCCAGAGUUCAAAGCCAUUCACCCGCAGGGCUCUGCGCCGACUAUCCAAGACACGGACGGGGACAGAGACAUUACCCUUGCCGAAAGCGGUGCCUGCAUUGAGUGGAUUUGCCGCAAGCAUGCCGGUGGAAAGCUACUCCUUGGCCCUGACCACCCAGCAUACGCGGAAUUCCUCUACUGGUUCCACUGGUCGAAUGGGACGCUUGUGCCUGCCGCGGGACGGCUUAUGAUGGCGAAGUUUGCGGGUCUGGAUGAUUCAAACCAGAUGGUGGCUUUUACGAAGACGAGGUUGAACCACGGUCUGAAGUGUCUGGAUGAUCGGUUGAGGGAUAACACGUGGCUUGCAGGGGAGGAAUUCACUGCCGCGGAUAUUAUGAUGGGGUUUCCUUUGACGACGAUGCGGUAUUUCGGCCCGUUUAGUCUGGAGGGGUUUCCGAACCUUAUCAAGUAUAUUGCACGGUUUGCGGAGAGGGAGGCCUAUCAACGUGCCAUGAAGAAGGGCGAUCCGGACAUGGAGCUUGUUUUGGGGGCGGCACCGCCGAAGAAGACUUUUAUUUGA